AUGACACCAACAUCUCCAUGUGGCGGAUAUAUCUGCGGCGCAUCACUGAACUGGACGCCACAUCGGACUAGGGGACUCUUGAACAAGAUAGCAGCAUUCAAUGAGCCCAAACUUUAUACCCAGGAAGACGCCCGCCGACCAGCUGGCAGAGAUUACAACUUUGAUACUAGAGCGCGCCACUCAUUCUGGUUCAUGCACAUGUAG